UAGAGAUGCUCUACUCACUUUGGACAAAGGUACCCCAUGCAAAGGGAACGUGUGUGUGAAGGGCGCAUCGUACCUGGUGGCCCUACUUGAUUGCAUGGGACUUUCUACCUCGAGCUUCCAUUAGCACAUAAUUCUUCUCGUUAAGAUGUCUAUUGUUAGAUCUAGAAGCCUGGGAUUCAUCGGAAUCGGGGCGAUGGGUCGACCCAUGGUGGAAAAUCUCGCAAGCAAAUUACCACCCACUUCCAUUAUUAACAUCUACGAUGUGUCCGAGAAGGCGAUGGACGAGUUAUCCAUGAGGAAUGACGGAAAGAUAGUGAAGUGCUCAAGCGCGAAAGAUGUGGCAGAAAAAUCAGAUAUCAUUAUUACCAUGGUUCCCGAAGGCCUGCACGUCAGACAAGUAUACCUUGACUCUACAGCUGGGAUAUGUACCGCCGAUAUAUCCAAUAAGCUGAUCAUCGACUGCUCUACAAUUGAUACCGCGACAAGUCUCUCAAUUAAAGAGAAUAUUUCCGCAAAGUUUCCCACUGCAUCGUUCUACGAUGCGCCUGUCAGUGGUGGCGUGAUCGGUGCUAAAAAGGGGACUAUCGCGUUCUUCCUUGGUUGCGCGAAUGACGACCCAAACCUCCCUCAGCUUGCAGAACUCGCGUCUAUGAUGGGCAAGCAAGUCAUACCCUGUGGUGGGCCAUCCCUAGGCCUCGCAGCAAAGCUUUCGAAUAACUAUCUCUCUGGCCUGAUCGCCAUCGCUUGCUCGGAAGCAAUGAACAUGGGAAUGCGCUCAGGGCUGGAUCCUCGUGUGCUGGCCAACGUCUACGCCGCAGGUACUGCACAAAAUACGAUCUGCGACCGGUUCAACCCUGUCCCGGGUGUAUAUCCUGAUUCUCCGUCGAGUAAUGGAUACAAAGAGGGGUUCAAAGUGCAACUCAUGAAGAAGGAUAUUGGGCUGGCUGUUGAGAUGGCACAGAGAGUCGGGGCACGGUUGGCCUUGGGCGAAGCGGGCCUGAAGGCCUAUGCAGACGCUAGUGAAGAUCCCAGGUGUAGAGAUCUAGAUUCGAGGGUUGUUUAUCGGUUUCUAGGGGGAAUUGAGGAUUGGGAAGGGAGAGAGCAGUGAAUAGCAUGUGAAGAGUUUGACUCCAUUCCCGUUGGAAUCAUUAAGGUCUGUGUAAUAAUGAUCCAUGACUCUAUAAUUUUAAACAAGAUAUGCUUUAGAUCGCACGAGAGUAGAAAAAGUCGUUUCUCGUCUUCAG